AUGAUUCCCACACCUCCUCCUUCUCCCAGGUCGUGUGGUGCUUGCCCUCCUGAGGACCGCCUAGGCCAAGUUCUUGCCGGAUGCAUUCAGUUGACCGAAGUCCUUGGUGUCGGUGCCUACGGAGUUGUCUACCGGGCGUUCGAUAUGCGCACGGGAGUUCAGUAUGCCGUAAAGGCAUUGAACAAGAUUGGCCUUGAACCCAGGCAAAGGACCUUCCAGGAGAGAGAGAUUCAGCUGCACCACCAAGUUAGUCAACAUCCCAAUGUAGUCUCUCUGGUCAAGGUAUUGGAUUCCGUCGAUUGCACUUUCGUUGUCAUGGAAUUCUGCCCCGAAGGCGAUCUCUUUUCAAGAAUCACCGAGCAAGGUUUCUACAUUGGCCAGGAUGCCUUGGCCAAGAAUGCUUUCCUUCAGAUUCUUGAGGCUGUUGAGUUUUGCCAUUCCGUUGGUAUUUACCACAGGGAUCUCAAGCCCGAGAACAUCCUGGUCUCCUCGGAUGGUAUCACUUUGAAGCUUGCCGACUUUGGUCUUGCCACCCAGGACUACUACACUUCGGACUUUGGCUGUGGAUCCACCUUCUACAUGUCUCCCGAGUGCCAGCAAUCCAACUCGCGCCCCAAUGCCUGCUACGCCUCUGCGGCCAACGAUGUGUGGUCGCUUGGUGUCAUCCUGGUCAACUUGACAUGUGGCCGUAACCCCUGGAAGCGGGCUUCCAUGGACGAUUCUACUUUCCGUGCCUACAUGAAGGAUCGCAGCUUUCUCAAAUCCAUUCUCCCCCUUUCGGACGAUCUCGAUCACAUUCUGAGUAGAGUGUUUGAUUUGAACCCUGCCCAAAGGAUGACACUCCAUGAACUGAAGCAGGCUAUUCUCCAUUGCCCAAAGCUGAUCAGCGAGCCCGCUGCUUCCAUGCCCAUCCCCUCGCCAACCUACAAUGCUGCGGAUGCCGCAAGAGACGCCGCCUUCCUCGCAUCUGAUCACCUUAUGGAACCGAUCCCUCACAUGUCUCAAUCGCCUGCGUCCAACCUUCAGUACUCUCAAGUUCCACCGGCCGUGUCACACUUCGAGCAACUCCCCGCUUCCAGAAGCCCACCCAUGCCUUCUCCAGAGCCUCAGAAGGCCAACGGUCCCUUCGCCUUCUUCACCAAUGGUCAAUGCACCCCUCACGCAUACAUCGCACCAUGGUACAGCCAGUUCAUGGCAACGCUUCCAAAGCACGCUUCUAUUUUCCCGACGCGUGUUUUCUAA